AUGAGGGCUCUCUACUGGAAUAUUAGAGAUGUUAGGAAGGCUGCUGCUAAGUUGGCCUUGAGGAUUUUUAUUAAAGAAAAGCAUUUGGAAGUGGUGUGCAUUGCAAAACCGAUGGUGGAGAUUACGAUCAAGGUGGAUUGGGGUCAGAUUAAUCCCCUCUUGACUUUUGUUCAUGCAAAAUGCCUGAGAGUUCUUCGUAGAGAUCUGUGGACCGAGCUUGGGACGGUGGCUCCUCUGGAUUCUUGUCCAUGGCUUGUUGUAAGGGACUUUAAUGCCACGUUAGCCUUGACUGAGAAAAAAGGCCCAGGCUCCUUCAGUCAGGGAUCGAUUGCAGAGUUUGGGGCGAUGGUGGAUGCUUGCUCGUUGAUGGCGAUUCCUUCUCAGGAGCGCAAAUUCACUUGGACAAAUAACAGAAAGGUUGGGCAUGUUGCUGCAGUGUUGGAUAGAAGCUUUUGUAAUGAAGCUUGGCUCUCUGUUUUGGGGGAUAGCUCGCAGAUUGUGCUUACAAGUACCAUUUCAGAUCAUCCUCCUAUCCUUGUGGUGGCCGAAGCUAUUAAGAGACCGGCAAAUGCUCCCUUUCGGUUUCAACGGUUUUGGUUGGACCACCCCAAUUUCCCGUCUGUAGUGGAGGAUUCCUGGAAGGAGUGA